AUGGAUCCGCCGAAUAAGUUUGAAGAAUUGAAGGAAAAAUGGUUAAAGGAAAAAGGAUAUGAUGACCGUAGCAGAAGGGGCGUGGGCAUGGGAGAAUUAGUAACGAAGAUAGGGAAAUGGAUUAAUGAAUUCGUCAGUAAUUCAAGUGGUGAUAAUGACCCUAUUGGGAAAGACUGGUGUAACGAGGGGUUCGUGAAUGGGCAACGGAUAAAGGAAGAGGACGUACCAUUGUGUACAUUUAUUUUAGCAAAUUUAUGGAAAAUACAUUAUACGCAUGCAACAGGGAAAGGGCAGGAAGUAGAUAAGAGAAUGGAAUCAUAUGUGUAUUGCAUGAUUAUGAGAGCAUGGAUGUUCUGGUAUAGAAGUAAAAAUUGUGGGGCUCAUGAAGUUAUGAAAUAUGCUUCUGAAGGAAUGAGUACGCUAUGCCAAGGUUUUCCUGGUGUUAACGAGUGCUAUAAAUGUGAAUAUGGAGAACUUCAGCCUAUGAAUAUGGGUACUAUGAACAUUUUAAGCACUAUAUUAGGAAUAGCGAAAAACGAAAAUAAUAUUAUGGGUAAGAUGUAUAAGAAGAUACCAAAAGUUUCAUGUGUACAGAAAGGAAUUUUUGAAAAAGGAGGAAGUACGGAGGGACAACAACAAAUGGAAAGGAAAAUGACCGCAGGGGAUUUUCAAUUCAUAACCAACUUAUUAGUACAAUGGAUAAAAGCACACAGCAUGAAAGAUAUGGAAAAAUUCGGGGAUCAAAUAUGGCAAGAUCUGGAUAAAUUAUUUAAGGACAUGAUGGAAAAUACGGAAGACAGUACAGAAACGGAAAAUACGUUCUGUGGUAUGGAGGAUAGCAAAGGAGUUGCAUUGGGGAAUAGUACAGAAAAGGAAUUGUGUAAAAUUUUAUUAAGAAUAUUCUUCUGGAUAAAUGGAUUAAAGUUGAAAUGGGAUAAUGUUGCAGGGUGGCAAUGGGUAGAGAAGGAGUGGAAAAAAGAGAGUGCUGAUGAGAAACAAUUACAGGCUUAUUUAAGAUGUCUAGUUGGGAAAGUUACUAUGAUGAGGAUGUUCGGUACACAUUGUGCCUUAGACAAAGUGGCCAACCUUGUUAAGGAAGCUGUGGACGGGUAUGUAGGAUCCUUUGGAAGUGGCGACCAUUAUAAGGUAUGUGAAGAAGUCGAUAUUAGUAGUGUAAGAAUGGGUGGAAGAUUAAUAUGGAAGGAGUUAGGUCAAUGGAUAGAGAAAUAUAAAAGGGAGAAAAAUGAUAGGAAAGGUUUACAGGAAGUGAGAGAGGGGAAUACUGCACUGCACAGAAUAAAGAACGAUGGGGAGAAUAAUUGCCCAAGGGAGAAAGGACAGAAAAAAGAGGAAGACAGCUCAAAAACUUUAGAAUCAUUAGGAAUAAAUCCUGGGGACGGGGAACCAGACAUAAGAAAGGAUACUGAAACUUGGGAGAAGGAAGCUAUGAAAGAGGUACUGGAAAAAACGAAGGAAGAAAAGGGCGAAGAGAAUGUUGAACUAUUAAGGAAAAUGUUAGAGCAAAAAUAUGAAAGUCUAGACAAGAAAUAUAAGGAAUCAGUGAAAAAAGCUAAGGAAGAAAAACAGGUCCCUUCAACAUCAGUAGGUAGGAAUGAGCAAACUACAGAAGAAUCCCCUCCUCCACCACCCCAAGCCCCAUCCCAAUCGUCUGGACAGGCAGAUACAGGGAGAAGGGAGGCUAAAUCGGGAACAUCCGAGGUAGCGGGUCAAGUACCUGGACCAGCAGCUGUUCAAGAUCAUGAUCAGGGGCAUCAGGAACCACAACCUACCAAGGAGGAGUACGAAAAUAAUGUGGUGGACAGUGAUGUAGAUAUUACUGCAUGUUUAGAUGAUUCUGAUGAUCUAAUUCCACCAACCGGAUCGGUAGCCCCAGUGACAUCGUGCAUGAACACCAUGAAGCGGAUCAUAUGGGAGAUCAGAACCCUCAAACUACAAGCAGUGUUACUGACAGUCCAACACAGCAAGAUAAUCCUGCUGAUGCUUCCGCAGGUAGUGGUGAACCGCAGAAUCCUGAAGGAGGUUCUGGACAGGAUGCGACACUCCCUCCUCCUGCACAAGGUCCAGUUAGUACAAGUACUUCAAAGAAUGGUGGAGGUGGUGGUGCUGCUGUUGUGUGUUCCUUGGUAUGUGUGCUAUGACCUACUUACUUUGGAAGAAGUCUUAGACGAAUGUCAAAAAGGGGACCUACAUUCGACGAGGGAAGACUUUUUUGAAAUUUUGGUUCGAGAAUUUUUGGGAAGCAAUUUUAUAGAGGAAGAAAAGGUCCCUAAGGGAGAUGUUCCUAAGGAACAGUUAUUUAAAGAAGCACAUGGAAGGAAGCGAAAAAAAGAAAGGAAUAUGAAGAAAAGAAGGAAAAGAAAAGUAGAGAAAAAAAGUGUGGUUACCAAACCAAGAAGACCAUGGUUUAUACUGAAGGGAGGGAAGAUUUAUAGGGAAAGGGGUCUAAAGAAGGUAAUUAUCAUCGGGACUGUACACACAGAAGGCAUCCACAGCAGUAUAUGCUGCCUGAAUUUUGUUAAUGUAAUUGGUGAGCUCGCUAUUCUUAUUCUCCGAGUAGUAGUUCUUAUUAUCUGCUAUAGUUCCGAAGUCAUUCUGGAAGUCAUAUACAUCUUUUCUCCAGUUGAAAAUAUUUUUGUCAUCAUCUUUGUAAUUAACAUUACACUUAUAUAUGUGAAAAAUAGUUCCCAGUGCCUGAUAAAUUUCUCCUAUGAAUUUUGGAAACUGCUUAGGAUCGAACUUUCCAAAGAACUUGCUUCCCAACCAAUAAUAAAAGAAAGUACAAGGUGCGAAUUCUCCUACAGAGAGUAUGUUCCGCACUUCUGUUCUUGCAAAAAAAAUAUAUUAAGUGAAAGCAAAAUGGGAACAAUGGAGAAAUUCGAUAAUUUGAAGACUCAAUGGAUUCAGGCAAAUGGGGGAGAUAAGACACGAGGAGAGGAAAAACUACUGAAAAUGAUAGAAGAAUGGAUCAGUGCAGUGGAUGGUGAAGUUGAUGCAGAAGGUUUAGUAAGUGGAACGACAGCAUGCGAAAACAUUAAAAUAAAUGGGAAAGAUGCAACCACAGAGGAAAAAGCAUGGUGUGCAUUCCUUGUGGAAGAAUUACUGAAAAUAUGGAAAAACAUCGGUGAUGAGCAUAAUAAUAAUCCUGAAAGUGCAAAAAUAAAGGAAUAUAUUCAAUGUGCUAUAAGGCAAGUAUGGUUAGUGUUAUAUAGGAGAGCGUACUGUAAUGCCGAACGCAUUAUGAAGCAGGCCUUCAAUGCCAUGGACCAGUUGUGCGAUGUUUUCAGAGAAGGGGAAGGAUGCAGUAAGUGUGAUUAUGGGAAAAUCACAGGUGCGUUCGUGAAUCGUGUGAAUAUACGGGAGCUAAUUAUAAAGAAGAUGGAAGGGAAAGACGGAAUGUUACAAAAAAUGUAUAACAAAAUACCAAAAGGUCCAUGUCCACAGAAGAAUAUUUCUGGAGGAGGGAGUCAUGCGCAGGCACCAGAGGAAAAAAAAAUGACCGCACAGAAUUUUGAACUUUUAUCCAAAUUAAUAACAAAAUGGGUCAUGGCAAGGGGAAUGUCACAAGUGGAACAAAUGGGGGAUGGAAUAUGGGAUGAAAUGAAGACAAUAUUUAACAACCUUAUGGAUACACUUGGACAGGGGGAACAACCAAUAAUACGAAUAACCUGUGAAACAGGGUUGGAUAGUAACUACGAAAAAAUGACACCAUGGGGGACGGAAGAGAAGGAAUUGUGCAAAGCUAUGAUGAAAGUUAUGUUAUAUACUAAUGGUUUAACACAGAAUUUAACCGUAAGAAAUAAAGUCGCGGAUGAAGAUGAGGUAACUACGUACUUAAGGUGUGUAGUGGGGAAUACAAUAUUAGUAGAAUUAUAUGGAAGUAAUUGUCGCUUUGGGAAGGUACUUCCACAUGUAUCAGGGAUGGUGCACGGAUACGUGGAGAGUAACCUAAUGGAAAUGACGGAUAACAAGUGCAGUGAAUUCAGUUUGCAGAAUGCACGAAUAGGAGGAAAACUAAUUGGUAAAACAAUAGUGGAAUGGAUAAAUACAGGGGGAUGGAAAACAAAGGGGAAAGUGGGGAAGUAUGCGGACGUUAUGAAGCAAGGGAUUAAUUGUAGCGGUAGUGGACCAAGGAACAGUAGUAAGAUAGAUACGGAGGAGAAGAAAAUAGAUGCAAUAAAGGAAAUAAUAGAAAAGAAGGAUUAUGUUUCUAAGGAAGGUGCAGACAAAGUAGUAGAGAAGGUAAAAGAGAAAACGUUAACGGAUGGUAGUCAAAUAUUGCAGACAUUAGAAAAGGAGGUUGAGGAGGAAAUUAAGGAAGAAAAGAAGGCUCAGGGAGCAACACUGAGUAGAAAGGACAGUUCAGCAGAGGAAGGUCCGCUGGCACGUACACCACCCCAACCCCAAGCACCAGGACCUGUAACCAACCCUAAAAGUCAAGAAACUACUUCUCCUCCUCAAGCAGCACAAACUGAUCAAUGUCCACCUAAACCAAGUGAGGAAGUACAAGAAAAAAGGAAUGAACUAAAAGCUGCAUGGGAAGAAAAGAAGAAUAGUUUCACGAAGAAUGGACAAUUAAAUCAGGAUAAUGUAAAAGAAGAAGUAGGGAACAUGUUAACGGAACUAUGGGAUUAUAUGGGAAUGAAGGACGGGAAGGGGACGACAGUGGCAACCAUAUGUAGCCAUAUAAAGCACCAUAAGGGGGACUGGACCACUCAAAUGAAAAGAAUAUGUAAGCACGUAGUAAAAAUAAUAUAUUGGAUAGAAGGAAGGAGCAAAGAUGGAAACAGUUGGAAAGCGAAAACUGUGGAAGAGGAAGGGUGGAAGUCAUACUUAAGGUGUACCAUGGGGCAUACAAUUAUACUGGAAAUUCUUAAAGACAAGUGUAAUAUGCAGAAGGCUAUGAGCAUCAUUUCUGAGGCUAUGGAAGGAACAGCAGAAGGCUUCCCAAAGAAGGACACUGGAAUGGAAUGUAACUGGGUUGGGAUGCAAGAUAUAAAGCCUGGGAAAGAUAUAUUUCAGUCGAAAAUACAAGAAUGGUUAAAUAAUGCAAAACAGAAUAGGAAUGGUAUUUCAGGAUUCAAUAAUACAAUGGCCUGGAUGCCAUGUAAGGGGGACGAAAGGGAAAAAGAAGAACAGCAACAGCAGGGAGAUUGCCCUAAUGGAAGAAUUGUAGACUUAUUGGGAGCAGGAAGAUCAAAGGAAUUACGGAAAGUAGUCAAUACAGACCCUCCAGCUGCGAAACCGGCACCAUCAGGGGAUCCUGCAAAGUCCGCACCAGCCCCUAAGCAGAUAGAUGAAAAAGCAUCAGGUAAGGUUUCAGAGAACCAUCCUGCAGGUGACCAAGGUAAGGGAAAGCAGAAAGAGACAUGCGGUGGUGCUGCAACCUAUGGAAGAAGUAGUAAUGAAUCUUCAGUCUUAGUCAGUGUUGCCUCCGUUGAUCCUCAAUUUUGCGAUGACUAUGUUCCUCCUAUUCCAGGUGGUGCUUCUACAGGUACUGCUCAAACGACACCAGGCCAAAUCGACUCAGGUGAAAAAGAUGUUUCCGGUUCACAAGUCCCUACAGAAGAAAAGAAAGAUGAAACACAGCAGGAUGUUAGUAAAACGAUGAACACGAAGGAACCCGAUGCUGCUCCUAUUCCCAUUGCCGGUGAAAGAGGAAAGGAGAAUUUGAAUAGUCAGGAUAGUGGCCAACCGAAACCUGGUGGAGCCCCUGCUCCAGGGGAUGCACCCCCACCCAAACCAGCACGACCUGCAGCUCUAGGGGGACAAUUGUCACCACCACCAUCAGCAAGAACAACAACAGGAGUAUCUCCACCUACUGCUGUUCCAGUUAUUAGCAAGAUUGACAACCCUUCCGACCUCCUUACCCAAUACCUUCCUACCAUUCCUGUUCUAAUGGGUAUUUCAGCUAUGACCUACUUCCUCUGGAAGACGACGUUACAAAAGAGCUCAUCAAAAGUCUUAGACGAAUGUCAAAAGGAAGACCUACAUUCGACGAAGGAAGAUUAUUUCACCAUUCUUGUUGAAAAGUUUAUGGGAUCGGAAUUCAUAAAAGAAGAAAAUGUUCCUAAGGAAGAGGUCCAAAGUUCAGAUUCCGGAUUUAGGAUUGAUGUUCCUGAGGAAGAUGCUCAACCUAGAGUUAAUGUUCCUAAGGAACAGGAUCCAAGUUCAGUUUCCGGGUUUAGGGAGGAAGACUUUGUUCCUAAGGAAGAUGUUCCCAAGGAACAAGUUUCUAUGGUUGAUGUUCCUAGGAAAAAGUUUCCAAGUUCAGAUUCCGGGUUUAGGGAGGAAGACUUUGUUCCUAAGGAUGAUGUUCCUAUGGAACAGGUUCCAAGUUCAGAUUUCGGGUUUAGGGUUGAUGUUCCUAAGGAAGAGAUUCAAUGUUCAGAUUUCGGGUUUAGAGAUGAAGACUUUGUUCCUACAAAUGUAGGAAAAAAGGAAAAAAGAAAUAUGAACAAAAGAAGGAAAAAAAAAGGAAGGAAAGAAAAGGAAGGAAAGAAGGAAAGGAAGGAAGGGAAGGUUGUUAGCGAUGCAAAAAUAUGGGAUGAAAUGAAGAAAAUAUUUCAGUACCUUAUGAACACUCUUCGGGGUGAGGAAGAUGCAAUAAAAGAUUUAUGCUAUGAAGGAAUGGAUAAAGAAACAAAUAAUAUUGAAUCGUGGAAUAAUGAAGAGAAAGAGUUAUGCAGGAAUAUGAUGUCAGUAAUGUUAUAUACCAACGGAUUAACGCAGAGGUUAGAAGUAAGGAAUAAAGUCACAGGGGAGGAUAUAGUAACUACAUAUCUAAGGUGUGUAGUGGGGAAUGCAGUAUUAAUAGAAUUAUAUGGGAACAAUUGCCGUUUUAAUAAAGUUCUUCCACAUGUGUCAGGAAUGGUAGGAGUAAUGGUAAAUAUGCACAAAAGAGAAAUGACGGAUGAUGUUUGCAGUAGGUUCAGUGUACAGAAUGCACGAAUAGGUGGAAAAUUAAUUACUCAGACAAUAAGGGAAUGGAUAGACAAGGAAGGAUGGAAAAGCAAAGAUAAAGUGCGGAAUUAUGACAACAUAAAGGAACAAGGGGAAAAGUGUAACGACGGGGGAGCAGGUGGAAAAGGCAGAAAGGAAACAACAGGAGAGGAGGACGACAAUAAGGAAAAGAAGGACAUAGAAGAAAAAGUAAGCGAAAUAAAGGAAAUAAUAGAUAAAGGCCAAACUGUAUCCCAGGCAGGUGCAAACCAAGUAAUGGAAAAAAUGGAUCCGAAUGAUACUGAGGGUGAAAUGAAGAAAAAAUUAGAAAGUAAAAUUGAAGAGAAAGUACAGGAAGAGAAGAAAGCAGAAGCUGCUCCAGCAGUCAAACCUGCCAUCGCAGCAAAACCGGUUGCUGCCAAACCAGCAGCAUCAUCUGAUCCAUGCUCUCCCACCCACUCGGAAGCAGAGAAGCAAAAAAGGCAAGAAAGUGAACAGAAAAGGACAAAACUAAGAGAAGCAUGGGAUACAAAGAAGAAAGAGUGGACGCAGAAUAGCGGAACAUUAGAUCAGGAUAAAAUGAAGAAUGAAGUGCAGAAACUGUUAGGGGAACUCGGAGGAUACAUGGGAACGCGUGAUGGAGGUCAUAUAGCAGGACUUUGUGCAAGUUUAACAUAUCCGGGGGAGGGGCAUAAAACAAAUCAGAUGAAAGGAAUAUGUAAAUCUGUAAUGAAAGUAAUAUACUGGAUGGAAGGAAUGAAUGAGAAUGGAACGAACAGGAAGAGGGAAAUUGAAAAUGAGGAAGGGUGGAAGUCAUAUUUAAAGUGUUUAAUAGGGAAUACAGUUAUAUUAGAAAUCUUUAAGGAUAAAUGUGGUGUACAGGACAUAAUGAAAGUUACCUCCAGUACUAUGGGGAAAAUAGAAAAUACCUUUGCGAAGGAGAAUGUCAGGAGUAUGUGUAACUGGGUUGAAACGACUGAUAUAGCACAUGGAAAAGGAAUAAUUGAGGAAAAAGUACAAACGUGGUUGGAGAAAACAGUAAAGAAUAAGAGUGUUACAGGAUUAGAUAAUACAAUGGCCUGGAGGAAGUGUAAAUCAGACGAAGAAAAGAGGAAAGAAGACGAAAGUCAAGAAGGAAAACCUUGCAGUAGUAACAGAAUUAUAGACUUAUUAGGAGCAGGGCGAUCAAAGGAAUUACGGAAAUUAGUCAACAUUGAACCUCCAGCAAAGUCCGCACCAGCACCUAAGAAGGGACAGAAGGAAGAGGAUGGUAGGACGACACAGGAAGGUAAGGAAAAUAUUGUUCAAACAAAGGACGGUGUCUAUAUUAAUGGUGUUCUACUCCCUUUUGGUGAAGACACAAUGAAUUCCAGAGAUAAAGGCUUUAAGGACGAAAAGAAAUAUGAUCACGGUGUUUGGUCUGUGACGGAUCAAGGUGCAGUUACCACUGUUCAUAAUGCUGCCCCUACUGUUAUUUCAGGUACAGCUACAACAACCAGUGGGCAGUCUCCGGGUUCCUCGGGACCUGGUUCUACUGGAACAGCAGAUUCCCAAACUCCAAGCACAGGAACAGACACACGAACUCCAUCCGGCUCAGUUGUCUCACCUCAGGAUCCAGGCACAUCUGGACCCGGCAGUACGGGACACAAAUCUCCCGGUUCUUCCGGCCCAGGUAGUACAGGAACAUGGAAACCCGGUUCUUCGGGGCCCGGUUCCACUGGAACCUGGAACCCAGGUUCUUCUGGUUCAGGUUCCACGGGAACAUGGAAUCCAGGUUCCUCCGGUACUGGUUCCACUGGAACUUGGAACCCAGGUUCUUCUGGUUCAGGUAGUACUGAACACCAGUCUCCUGUUUCCACUGGAACCUGGAAACCCGGAUCUUCCGGCCCAGGUUCUACAGGAACUUGGAAUCCUGGUUCUUCCGGUAGUGGUUCUACGGGAAGAGGUGAUCAAGGAAGGAGUGGCAGAGACACACCUUCCGCUGCUCCAGUUGUUAACAAGAUUGACAACCUUCCUGAUCUCCUUACCCCAUACCUUCCUACCAUUCCUGUCUUCAUUGGUCUUUCUGUUAUGAGUUACUUGCUCUGGAAGUAUUUUUUCCUCCUUGGUAAAAGAAGAAAACGUUACAAAAGAGUUCAUCAAGUACGUGGUCCUCCAACUUUGGAAGAACAACCUCUUGAUCAUGUGGACGACCAGGCAGAUGGUCCACAUGAAUAUACCUUAGUAAAGGAAAGAAAACCAAGAUCUGCUCCAACAAAAACAAAGAGACCAAAAAAGCGGGGUGGUGAACCUGCUGGUUGCCGUGUUGGUCACCGUACGAUUAUUGAUAUUCAUUUAGAAGUGCUAGACGAAUGUCAAAAGGGGGGCACCAAACUAGUCCAGGAAGACUUUUUUGAAAUUUUGGUUCAAGAAUUUAUGGGAAGCGAAUUCAUAAAAAAGGAAAAAGUUCCUAGGGAAGAUGUUCCUAAGGAAGAGAUUCCAAGUUCAGAUUGCGGGUUUAGGGAGGAAGACUUUGUUCCUGAAGGAGGAUGUUCCUAG